AUGUCUUCGCCGGCUGCUCUGCCCGCAGAUGAGAUACCCAUGGGUCUGGUGCGCCUCGGAAGGCAACGCCUGCAGUUCGACAACCACUUCUCCGAGACGUGCCGCCGGGACCGCUUCUGCCUGCGCUGCGUCGUGGCUUACUGCUCCCACUGCUGCGGCAAUCACCACUUCCACCCGGAGUGGCCGGACCUCCGGGUCCUACGCAUCGACCUUGACACCGAAGGCCGGCCCAUAUUCCCAACCCGGACGGCGCCGGCGCCGGACCGGCACCCGAUCCCGCCGGACAUAGCCAAGUUCAUGAGGGCGCAGGACUACACCUCGCCGUUACCAAGGGAUGCCUUCUGCAUUCACUGUUCCAAGUCCUUCCGCGUCGACGUCUGCGCCCACCACGGCGACCACGCGCGCCUCCGGGACUGCGUGCUCCGCAUCGAGAAGCGCGGCUGGAGGACCUGCGUCAGAUGCGCGGGCGACGAGUGGUGGGUGCCCCACAUCGGCGUAGCGCUCGGAGAUCCGGUGCUCGUGGACGAGCAGGGGCGGUACGAGCUUCUCCGGGUGCUGACGCGGGUACGGGGUCCGUGCGUGGAGUGUGGCAUCGGCGCCCAUCGGAUUCCUCGGGAGUUCUUCCCGUUCUGCUCCGAGACUUGCAUCCGCAAACACAUUCGCCGCAUUGAGGAACGCCAGGAGGCCAGGCUCGCCGCUCGGCGCUUAUAG